AUGGCGCAGGUACUGCCGACGACCGCAGUCGUGCCGCAGAGUCCGCUGCUCGUGGUCUUUGGCAUCGUGUACAUCGUCCUCUCGGCGCUUCUGAGCCAUGUGUACACGCAAACGCUCUCGCUUAGCGCCAACAACGAUCUGUGGUGGCCGCAGUACAACGUUAGCGGCCACGAAGCCUUCCUCGCCGACGUCAGCAACGCGCUGCUCAUGGCCCACUCGUCGACGUAUACCGCGGACCUGCUCUCGCUCCGCACGCGCAAGACCUAUGUCGACGCGAACGCGACCACGACUCUGUACCCAACGUACGCGCGCGAGCUCGUCUUGCACGAGCUGACCUCGCUCUCGUACGCCAUCGACAACCUGCGGACGCUCAGCGCCAGCUGGGCGCUGCAAGUGAGUACACAGUGGUGCUACGUGGACUUUGAACGGCACUUUGCGCUGGCCCACACGGCGGCGCGUCAAGCCCGCUGCGAUAUCAAGUAUGCGCGCAACGCCGCCGUCUACGUCGAGGCGACGCUUCGAAACCUAGUCUGGGCCGACUUUAUCGGUGCGUGGGGCGGUCAAGGCAACGUGUUUACAGUCGCGCUCGAGGCCGGCCUCGCUGCCUCGUCGCGCGGCCAGCGCUGGCUCGAGAUCACGUCGCGAGCGCGCGGCAGCACUAGCGUCGAGGCCGAGCUCGCGUACUGGCAGUCGUUUGCCUUGACGUCGUUUACGCUUCAGUGGCAAAACCUCCAGCAAACCGGUAUCACCGAGUCCAUGGCGAUUCGCAACGCAAUGGGCAUCCCUCAUACAUUCCGAAUCAAGUCGCUCGACCACUGGCCGGGCCCUGGUACGUCUGUCAACCUCUUUUGGGGUGCGAUCAACGACCUCUGGAGCCUCACGCUUCUCAACGCCAGUCUUCUCGCUGGAGCGCCCAACGACUUUCGAAAUGCCAACAUCAGCCUCGAGUCUAUCAACGGCAAUAUGAACGCAGACGGCGACUUUGCUGCGCCGUCGGCGACGCUCCGCGCCCACUUGGGUCCAUUUGUCUCGAUCGACGCCUUUCUCAUCGGUGUUCCACGAAGCCUCCGCGCAGCGUACGUGGCACUCGCAGGCGAUGCCACGUCAUCCCCGGCCAUCGCGUUGCAGGUUCAACCUAAAGCGUGGGCGAAGGCGACCUUUUACACGGGGAGCCCGCUCUGCGUCCAAGGGCCGAGCGCAACGACGUUUGCGCAACGUCCGUUUUCGUUCGACGACAGCUGUAGCACGCUGCCGCAACCGUUGACAGUGGCACUCACGCGACAAGGAGCCCAGUUUGCACAUAGCAUGACCUCCACCCCGCCGCCACAUGAUCUGUGCCUUGGGCAGCCCCCCGAGUGUGUGCAGGUGCUCCAGACUGCGCAGAGCACAUCUACCAUCCAUGCGCUUCUGCGCCAGAAUGCAACCACCGAGACGGCGGCGCUUAACAUUAGCCUCGUCCAAAUCGCAACCGAUGCCGAUGGCGCGUGGCAGCUGCUGCAACAAGGGAUCCUGGCUGACAACGAUCCGUCGUCGUGGCCGCAGUUCUAUGGCUGGCUGCUCCUGCACGACUGGAUCCUCGGCAGUCGCGAAGUCGUCUCGUUUGAAGGCGACGCUGGCACGCUCGUACUCAUCUCCAACGCGUACGAGCCAGUGCAGUAUGCAACGAGCAGUGGCAGCAUGGAAGGCGCGACGAUGCACGUCUGGCAUCUCUUGGCAGCGUUGAAUUUCCUCUAUGUCGUCGUCGCCGCGGCGGUGCUUGUCUACAUGACCCGCGGGCGCUUCACGGGAGCGAACGCCUUCUUCUUCAACCGCAUCGUCGGCUCGGUAUGGAUUGGCAGGCCGUUCAGCUAUCUCCGCGGGCUCAGUGCGAUUGCGCUCAUGAGCACGGCACCGCUGAGCCUCGUUGAGACAUCGUCUGGUACGAGCCGCCUCGUCGCGACGCCACGCAGCUGGGCCGAGGCGGCGCUGCUGUCGGGCGAAGCGACCUGGACAACCUACGUGCUGCAAGACGUCUUGCUGUUGGUGCGCAGCCCACACCAGGCACGGUCCGAGCUGCCUCGCGCCAGUCUCGUUUCUUUUGCGCUCUUUCUGGCGCUCGAGCGCGCGUGGCCCGUGGCGCCUUCAUUGACGCUAGAGCGGGCGUGCUACAGCGAAAACAUCGACGCCUUUCUCGUCUGUCAUAGCGGCACGAUCGACAUUGGCAGCGCCUACCGCGUCGUCCUCUACCUCGCAGUGCCUCUGGCGGCUCUGGUGCUGGGUGCGUGCGUGCGUCGCCACGACGUCUCGAACGUCACCAAGUACGACGCCCAUCUCUGCGGGCUCUCGCGCGCGCUUUUCCGGUAUCCCAGCGACGGCACGGAUCGCGCCGCGCUGUGCAUGUCGGGCAUUCUCACGUGGCGCCUCUGGGAUCGUAGCUAUACCUUUGACAUCAAGACGUGGACGUUUCUGCGACUCGAGAGCGCCAAAGCGGGUCCGCCCGUCGAUCAAUGCGUGGCGUCGAGCGAUGUGCCCGUCGCCGCGCCGCGUAUCUUUCGAGCGAUCGGGUUUGUCUAUGUUGUGAGUGCGAUCACGGCCAGUGUCUCGUACAUGCAAGUGUCGGCCGUGAGCUUGGCCAACGAUCUGUUUUGGCCCGGCUUCAACACCACGGGCACGCACGUCUUCUUGGCCUCUUGGAUCCAGCUCCAGCUUCUUCUCUAUGCUCAGCCCAACACGACAGCACUCACGGCGCCGCAUGUGAACCUGCCCAAGCCCUUCAAUGCCACCGCAGUGACGAUUGCGCCACCUCUCAACUACGCUGCCAAGCUCCAACACGGCGCCUUUGCCACGCGCCUCGAUGCUAUCGUCGCGGGUCUCCGUGCGCUCGACGGCUGCGACGGGCCCUGGGUCUUCACCCCCUACUGCUACCUUGACUUGACGAGACGCUGGGAGAUGGCCAACUCGGCCACUCGCCAAGCGCGCUGCAGUGCGAUGGUCACGAACGGCGCCAUCUACCUCGAGACGCUGCUUCGCAACGUCGACGCACCGUCGUGGCGCACCUGCUGGGGCGACGCGUUCGACGUGGCCAUCGGCUCGGAGCUCCGCCAGUCGCAAGCCGGUCGCGAGUGGCUCGGAUCAGCUUAUUUGACGCGGUCGCUUGCAAUUGCCGACGAAGUGACCUACUGGCAAGAGCACGGUAUCACCUACAACAUCGUCAACUGCUACGACGCGACGUAUCCCUUGACGCUCCAGGCGCAAAAUGGCUCGUACCGCUUCUCGAGCCAGACGAGCUGGAAGAUGUACUGGGCGCUCGCCAACGACUUGUCGGCGGUCAUGCGCAACGAGAGUAGUUUGCACGGCCUGUCUCUACUGCGAUCGAGUGCCCGUUACGGCUUUGCGAACCAGUCGAUGGAGGCCGUCUUGAUGCAGAGUGGCGAGCUCACCGCGCCGUUCACAGCUGGGUUUGCCUUGGUGUCGGACAUCCUUGGUCCGUUCGGCUCGGUCGACAUGAUCUACGUUAGCGUGCCGAGUCUACUGCAAGAAACAUUUGCAGAUCUUUUGGAGUGUCUCAAGACAUCACUCGCCGGCGACGCGGAGGUCCAGAUGCAAUUUGCCGACCUUGUGGCGAUGCCUUAUCUGGCGCCCAUACCCCACACAACGAGCCUAAGCGCACUCCAUAUGGGGCUUCCCACCCAGUUCUCGUUCUCGCUCCCUUGCAACCCCGUUGCACCCUUUGUCGCAGCGCUCAACCCGACGGUCGAGCAGUAUGUAGUCGCGCUGGCUAUGGCCCGCGACAUCAUGCCAUCGAUCCGCGACGUCUGCGACCUUGUGCCAUCGAAUGCGGGGCCUUGCCACGCCUAUUUACCCCCGAUCAUUGCAUUUGCCAACGACCACGUGUUGACGCCACUUGACAUGAGAGCCGUUCGAGCGCAAGUCGCGAGUCUCUCGAUCGAGCUGCUGCUGUACGCGCACGCCAACACGAGCGCGGCGACCGAGCUUGCCCAUUUGCCUCUUUUCCACGCGUCUGACUUUGAUAUCUAUGCAUGGCUCUUCCUCUCCGACUGGGUGCUUGGUCUGCGCGAAGUCGUUUCGUUUCAAGGCGACUCGAACACUCUCACGCACCUCUCGGACCUCCAGCAGCCGAUGGCCGAGCAAAUCGGGUCAUGGCAGCUCUCGACCAACAACGCGCUCUACACCCGCGCCGGCGUCCUGUACAUUACAUGCGUGCUGCUCGGCGUCGCGGUCAUUGUGACCUGCUACAUCCUCGCGAGCCGCGGCGCGUUCGAGUGGCUCAACAUGUUCGAGCUCAGUCGUGUCGGUGGCAUCGUCUGGGUCGGCCGUCCGCUCUUGCUGUUGCGCGCCACGACGGCCCUCUCGGUGCUCUCGACUGCGACGCUUGAGCUUCUCUACGAAAACAACGCCAUCAGCGCGUUCCAGACGGUUCAAAACCCAUGGUACACCACCUUGCUCGCAGCGAGCGAGGUCACGUGGCUCGUCGCCGUCGUCAACGACGUGGCCAUGGCGCUCACGCAGGCCUACACGGCGCACUACGCGACCUUUAACAGCGUCGCCGUGUGGGCGACCGUCGCGCUCCUCUCGUUCGUAUCGCCCGUGACGCACACCGUGUCCUUGCAGCCGGUCUGCGACCUCGUGCAGCUCGACUGGCAGAUUGUGUGUGCAUCCGGCCACAUUGUGAUUGGUCAGUGGUCGCGCUACGUGGCGCUCGUCACGAUCGUCGUGGGCUGGAACGGCGUGUGCUACGUGAGCACGCGGCUGUGGCUGCGACGGCCGCCGGCGACGCACGGUCGGUCUGUCUUUCUCUCGUGCGGCGCCAAGUACCUCUUUGAACAUCGCCAGUGGACGCACGGCGGCGUCUACUACCUGGACCGCGCAUCCGCUGUGCUCACGGGGCUUCUCACGCUGCGCUGGCGGCGACAGCUGUACGUGUUUGACGUCAAGCUCUGGCGCAUCUUUGUUGCGACGCCCUCGGGUUGCACGCAGAUGCCAGGUCGGUGGCGAUAUUGCAUAGCGCUCACGGAAGAAGUGCUCGUGAGUCAUCCUGGAUGGCGCUGACGAGCGCACUCCGAGAACGGCUAUCGCAGGCACAUGCAUAAACUUGUGUCGACGUCCUUUGCGCGCUUCUCUUGUGUACUGCCGCC